AACACUAAAAGGAACGUAGGAUAGUAGCGUAAAAAGUAUUACUAAAUUUUCAUAUAAAAAUAAGUUGGCAUAGUCAUAACAUUUUGUUUUAAAUCAAGUAGGGAAAUCUAAACAUAGUCACCGGAUUCCAGUGUAGUCCUCUCCCAGAUUUUUUUCCGUUUAAAUUUCGUUUUAAUUUAUACUAGUUUUGGUCACUGAAAUAUUUCGAAAAUGUCUAAUGGUGUUGAAAAAGAGCGUGUUAUGGAUACUAUUGCAUUACCAUCUACUUCAAUGGUAUUGAAAGAAAAAACGAAUCUCGAAUUACCUGUUGUAGAAAAUAAACAAAACUGGACUGAGCACAGAGAAUCAAUGGAACUCAGGACUAAUGCAAGCACUGAUGAUCUGUUGUUUCUUGAAAGUGGAAGUCAGACUCCUGAGCAAGUUCAUACUAAUUUUAAUGUCAACACUGCAGCUUCACUUGAGAGCACUGAACAAUUACCUCAGGCAACUCCACACACAACCCCAUCAAUUAGAAGAAAGCCUCGAAAUACACUCAGACUUGAUUUAGAUGCAAAUACAUGGUCAAAACAAGAUAGUCCAACUAAAGCUCCUGCUACAACAAAACUUCGGCAAAAUUUGCAAGCUGGGGCAGCUCGUGUAUCAGCUGUUGUGCAGAAAGGUAAGACACCUGAAUUCAGAUUUCGUCUUAUUUUGAUUUUUCUUUUUGGGAGCAUUGUUGGCUUAGUAACUUUCACAUGGUACCUCUAUCAACGUCAUAUGAUGCAGUUAGCAUUUGGUGAUAAAAUACGAUUUCAUGAAACAUUGCGAAUCAUACAUCUUUUAAAAGCAGAUGGUCAAGAAAUUUUAAAAGUUGCUGUAGGAAUGCACAUUCCUCCUGAGCUAAAGUCAUUUGAUUGUGAGUUACUAUACCCAGCAAAAGGUCCAAACAUAUGUCAAGAAUGGAAAUAUCGAGCAAGGCUGCAUAUUAAUUACAGCCACACUGAAGUUAUGAGUUGCUAUCAAGUGCAUUGGGAAAACCUUGCUCCAACUACCACACUGAAAGAUUGCAUAAGUCUAAAAAAUGCCCAUUGGUAUGGUAUGGGUGAAGUAAGAAACAUAUCUUGGCCCUUAUCUGGCAUAUCUGAAAGAUCGCAACCAUUUGUAACUGGUGAUUUAAAUCGUGAUGAUUAUGGUGCUAUUUUAGAGAGAUAUUGGCUUUCUUCAGAAGGCGUAGCUAUUAUGGUUUCUGCAGAUAUACCUUUAUAUGUAAGUUUAAACAGUAGUCAGAAUAACAACUUAUGUUUUGAAGCAAAAUAUGAUAGUUUUCCAUAUUACAAUGAUAGAUCAGACUUACAUUUAGAUUAUACCAUUUGCACUGGUUCAGAUAUGAAACAAGUGCACAAAGGGAUGUGGAAAAAGUAUUUUAAAACUGCAAAUAUAUCUAUGGAAUUCUUAGAAGUUCCUAUCUGGGCUACUGCACCUAAGCUGGAAGGUACUCUGAACCAGGAUUCUCUUCUGACUUAUUCAAACCACAUUAUGGAACAUGGAUUUUCUGCCGGUUUUCUGUUGAUAGAUACGAAAUGGCAGGAAGUAGAAGGGGAUCUGAAUUUCAAUCCACAUUUGUUUCCUGUUCCAUCUGAAAUUUUAAGCAUAUUACACAACAAAGGAUUUAAAGUUCUAUUAGCAGUGCAUCCAUACAUAUGUUUAGGAGCUUCAAUUUUCACAAAUGCUACUGAAAAGCGGUAUUUAGUAUCUGAUGAGAAGCGCCAGGUGCCUCUGUUAACUAGAUGGAAUAAAGAGGUGUGUGCUAUAGUAGAUGUUACUCGCAAUUCUUCAGAGCAGUGGUUUUAUGAUCGCAUCAUAGAUGUAAAAACAAAUCACGGCAUUGAUGGAUUCUUAUUUGUUGGUGGUCAGUCUUCAUUUUUGCCACCAUAUUAUUAUUUUUAUACAAUGACUGUAAAUCCUGAUAACUUUCUGUCAUUAUAUCUUAGAUUAGCUUCUCAAACAAGUACCUAUCUUGGGGUAUCUGUUGGAUUUCAAUCUCAACAUAUCUCAGCAUUUGUACGUUUAGCACCUCGUACUUCAACAUGGGAUGCUUCAACUGGCUUGAAAUCUAUAAUACCAGCUGUCUUAACAUUAGGACUGCUUGGAUAUCCAUUGGUGAAUCCUGGCUCAGUAGGUGGGGACAUCUUUCCUUCUCCGAAUGUUACAAUGCCAGAUAAAGAGCUCUACAUACGCUGGCUUCAGUUGGCUGCCUUUAUGCCCGUUGUGCAAUUAUCUGUACCACCUGGUGACUAUGAUUUAGAUGUUAUAAAAGCUGCAAAAUUCAUGUUUAAAGUACGUACAGAAAGGAUUCAAUCAAAUGAAUAUAUGAAACGUGUCAUAAAUGAUUAUUAUGAAACUGGAGCUCCCAUUGUUAGGCCACUAUGGUGGCUGGCUCCCAAAGAUCCUAAUGCUCAAAUAAUUGAUUCCCAGUUUGCAGUUGGAAAUGACUUAAUUGUUGCUCCAGUGCUUGAAGAAGGUAAGCGCUCUAGAGAUGUUUAUCUUCCUCCUGGCCGCUGGAGAGAUGAAUUAUUUGGAACUAGUAGACUAGGAAGUAAAUGGAUAUAUAAUUAUACAGUUCCUUUAGAUAAAGUGGCUUAUUUUAUAAAAAUAGAAGAGUGAUAUGUUAAUUUUUAAGUAUACAUAAAGAUGAUGGUUACAAAAUGUCAGUAGGAUGAAAAACAAAACAAAAAUGUGUCUACGCAUAAUCUUAUUUGACUUAUGACUGCAUUUCUGUAUCAUAUGAAUGCAUAUUACCAUGAAGCAAAUAAAUGCUGUGACAGAGAGUAAAAUAUAUGCAUUUUUUUAUAAAUCAGAACUGUUUUGGACAAAUUUAGUUUAUGACUGGAACAUUUUUAACUUUCAGUAUAAUACUUUUUUAAUAGUUGAAUACUUUGUAAAAUGUACAAGUUUGCAAAAUGUUAUUUAAAUUUAUUCUUGAAAUAAUUAGUUUUAAAGUUGUGUAGCAGUUUGAACUAUUAUAUGCAACACAAUGAUUGCUGUAUUUACUCAUGUAUUCACCUUUUUUUUUUUUUUUUUUUUUUUUUUUUUUUUUUUUUACGAAUUCUGUUGUUCAAAAAAUCAAGAAGGGAAAAUUAUGUGAAUAAUUUAAUUUUAAAAGGAUGUAAUUACAGUAAAAAGAUAACAAGUGAAAAGUGUUCAUGGGUAAAAUAUUGGUAAUUAUCACAGUAUUAUUUUUGAAAGAAACCUACAUUCCAAUAAAAGUACGUAGUAUUAUUAGCAUUACAGUAUCUAAUAAAGUAUCUUAUACUUCUUGUAUCGUGAUCACUUUUAUUAUUAUACAUUGCUGUUCCCUAAGCCUGAAAUUAUUUAAUGCUGUUAAAACUGCUGUCUCUGUCAUUUGCUACAGUUUAAAAGAUGCCAUUGUUGUCAUUGUUUAGUCUUCUUAUUUGCAGUGAUCUUCAAAACAAUCCAAAAUAUUAGAUAUCUCCAUUUUUGUGAACGUGUUCACUAUAUUUGCUUAAUCAGAGCACAUGAAUCUAAAAUGUCAUGAGUAAAUUAAUUAGUAAAAUAAAAAUAAUUAUGGGGACGAAUUCAUUUUAACAUUCAGAGAAGCUUGCUUUCUGAAGGCCUUGAGAAGAAGGAAAAUUGUAUGAAAACUUCAAAAAAUUUAGAAGCCUGUUAUUUAGCUAAAGGGGAAAAUAUAUGAGUAAAUACAGUAUUUAUAUAUUAAAUGCCUAAAUUAUUAGAAGACCUUUUUUGUUUGCAAUUUUAAAAUAUAAUCAAGAUAAAGAAAUCAUAUUUGUAUAUUUUAGAAGAUGUAUAGCAGAUUUUAUUUUCAGUAUUAACUUAUUGAAAAGAUUUGCAUAAAGAUUUUAUGUUUAGAGGUAUAUAUUUUUUGUACAUUUGAUUAAUAAAUGCUAUAGUUUUAAUGGUUUAGGAUAUUAAAACAUUUCAUGACAUCACUAGUCAUUUUGUAACAUUUGAUAUGUAUAUUAUAUGUUAUUAAUUACAAUCAGGGCCAACUCUAAGCAUAGAUGCCACAGGCAUUCACUUAGUUUGUUGAUUUUUGGAGGAUUCUAGCUAAGUUAUUCUCUACUGACAAUUAAAUAAAGGUAUAUUUUGCUUUGAAUUAUCAAAUAUAUUUAAUUUAUACUGGGAGCCAAUUGUACUGAUCUCCUGAGGUGCUGAAAGUGUUGGAGCCAUACCUUAUUACAGUUAUUUCAGAGUUUGUAAUAUGAAUCUUUACUUUUUUGUAAAUUUAUUGUUUUGUUUUAUUUCUUUUAUGUAUAUUUUAUUCUACUGUUAUCAGUUUUUCAUUUGAUGUUAUACUUAAUCAUUUAUAAAGCACAAAAUUAUUGUGCUUCCCAUUUUCUUUUAAUCUAAUUCACUAAUUUUUACACCAAUGCUGAGUUUGGAAAAUUGAAUGUUUUUGACUAUUAAUUUUCUAUUUUUUCCUAAAAGAUCUCAUUAUUUUUAGAACUGCUCACCAUUUAUCAUUUGCUAAUUAUUACUUUAUAUUAAGUGACUGAGAUGUGUAUUGCAAUACUUUACCAUUGGCAAAGUUUUAAGAAAGAAAGGAUCCUUUGGAAGAAGUAUUAAUAGUGUUUUACUGUAUAUGUAUUAUUUGAUUGGUUCAAUGUGCUAAAUGUUCCUUUCUUUAUUUUACUGAUUGCCAUAUUAUUAUAUUUUCUUUCACUUUUGAGCAUAUGCUAAAGACAUUUUGUGAUGGAAUUUUACAUAAUAAAUAGAGACUUUAAAGCAGUUAGUUAUAGUUUUAAAGUGGCUGACUCCAAACCAUGCUAUUCUUGUAAAAACUUAUAGAUCUGACAUUUUAUUAUUAUAUUACAUUUUAUCACAUAUUUUAUGCUUUUUAAUUGUAAAGCUACAUUUUAUAUUAGAAUAUUGAAAUUUUAAGUACUUUUUUACAUUGUUAUCAAAGAUUGCAAAGCAUUAAAACUAUUUAAAAUGUUUUAUAUAUACAUACAUACAUACAAGGCGUAUUCGGAAACUAAGUACCGUUUUGAAAAAAAAAAUAGUAAAACAAUUUUUUUUAAUCCAAUUUUAU